AUGAGCUAGUAUCAAACUUUGCAGUUUAAUGACCAGAGAUAGCAGUAAAUUAAUACUAGUAUUGGUUUGCAAAGCAUAAAAACUGCUAAUAUUAAUAAUAACAACGAGUAUAAUGUUCAGCAAUUCCAUACAAUAUCUGCUAACAAGGGAAACAUGCAAAAUUAGAAACGCUCGAUGUCUAAUCCUAAGGGAUAAGCAAAUGUGUACAUGAAUUCAAGGUUAAAAAAUAAUCUUGAAAAAUUUGAUUUGACAGCCAAUGGUUAGAAUAAAAAGGGCAGGUCGAAAUCAAGAAGAAUGAAUCCUCAUAAAACAUUAGAUGGAACGAUUGAAUAGUAUGGGAUUGAUUAAAGACAAACUUAGGCUAAGAUUUCUAUUGCUCAGCAGUUUGGAUACAACAAUAAUAAGCAUAAUUUCAGCUAUUUUAGCAAUAAUGAGUAAUAUGAUAAACUUGGCAUCAAAUAUAAUAAAUCUUAACUGAAUAAUCAGAUGGUUACAAGAAAAAGAGACAGAUCAAAUAUAUUAAAUGGAAACUUGAUUAAUCUAAAUGGAAUUAACAUGGAAGAAAAAAUGAGUAAAAGAUAUCAUUCUAAAAAAACUCAAUUGCUUAAUAAUGACGCAAAUGCAUCAAACAAUUAAACAAUACUUUUUGAGAAUUAAUUAGAAUCUAACAGUUUUAUAAAUUAGCAACCUCUCAAAGUUCUAAAUUAAUUAUUGGUUCACCCACUUGAAACAAAAACUCUCAGAAAUAACGCUCAGUUUCAAACUAACAUUCCCUAAUUAUCUGGUGCUAACAUAAUAUCUGACAGAUAAACACAAGGUUCAAGAUUAAAAAAGACCAGAAACACUCAAGUUCCUGCUUAUGAGUCCUCAAUUCAACAUACAAAGCAAGCCUAUUCUUCUUUUAACCAAGAUUAGAGUAAAGAUAGACUAUAAUAAACACUUAAUGAAGAUAGCAUUUAUUCCCUAAACAAUUAUAAGGUGGGGUAAGAAUUUUUAGACACUUAAAUUAUGAAUUCAACUCUCAAUAACAAUGAUUAAAGCCCAAACAUUAAGAAUUUAACCAAUAAUGCGAACAAUUCUCUAAUAUUUGUUAAGGAUAGCAGUGAUGCUGUGGAAGAAAAUAGCUUUUAAAUUAGAAAGCCAGCUAAUAUAAUGAAGCCACUGAGAAAUUAAAAGAAAGCUAAGUCUACAAUUAGAGGUGCAUCCAUUUAAAGUGUUUAGAAAUCAAAUCAAAACAAUCCCUAAAGCCUCAGACAAAACAAAAUUAAUUAAUCAUAGAACUAAUUUAACCAGAAAAUUAUUUCUGGGUAGCAUGAUCUACUCAGACCAUAGAGUCAGUUAACUUAAAAUCUGAAGGAUAGUGCAGGUUCAAUGAAUAGUGCCAUGACAAAGCCCAAAGAUGAUUACAGCGAUAAACUGAAUUUGACAACCCAAAACCAACCUAAUAUGAUGAAUAUUUCAACAAUAAGUAAUAAUCAAGCUAAGAGCUCAUUUAACAAUUCCUAAGGGGGUAUUAGAAUCAAAUAAACACCAAUUAGGAUUAUCAGAUAGGGAAAUGUGGUAAAAGGAAAUCAGAAAUAAGAUCUAAAUAUGUCAGCAUAGAUUUACCAAACGAAAUAAACUUCUGAAAAUACUAACAAAAUAUAAACUAAUAUCUAAAAUUCUUAUCAGCAAGAUUAAAGAAUCCUCUACAGUUAAACAAAGCAUGAAAAUGUUUCAGAUGCGAAUGAGCUUCAAUUUGAGAACUGUAAGCUUAAUUCCUUUGGUAAGAGUAACGUUGCUUCAUAAUCUGCAUCAAAUCAGUUAAUACUUAACAAGCUCAACUCAAACAAAUCUAAUGAGAAUAGCAAGUCUAUAUACUCAAAUAAUUCUAACCUUAUAGGCAGUAGUUUCCUUAAAAACAAUACACUCCCUAAUAAGUUUAAUAUGAGUGGAAAUCUGUCAAAGUCAAUCAUCAUUCAUCAUCACAAGAACUAGAAUCUUGUAAACACGAUUGGAAGAUAUAACGAUGACUUGUACAUUCAGGAUUUGGAUGAUAUAGAAGAGGGUGUUGAUAAUAAAUUGGACCAAGACGAGGGUAACGGCCAAGAAUAUGGAUUUCUGAUUGAAAAUGACUUUAUUGAAAAUUAAGAGAGUAAGAUUUAUGUAAAUUCAGUAACUAACACAGGCAUGAAAAACUAAGAUUCUCCCAUGAAAAGUUCAAUGCUUCAUAAUAAAUAGAUAAGAGAUCAUUCAGCUUCUCAAAUCUCCGGAUAAACAGAGGCUACUAGUUUUUACCACUAGAAUUAAUCAAAAGCCUUCGUCCCCAUUUCUAGUGCAGCAAAAAACUUUUCUUAUUAAUCUAACAUAAUGAAUCAUACGGCUCAAAGAGACAAUUAGUCGUCAUUCAUGCGUAUUGAUUUGAUUUCAACUUCAUUCGAUAAAUAAAACCAAAUUUAAGAUGACACUAGCCAGACUUAGGUGUAAAGAAAAACACUAAGCAGUUAAAAUGCAUUACUUAGUUUGCUCUCUCAAGAUGAUUUUACUAAGAUGAGGCAAGAUAUACAUAAUCAUAUAGACAAAAUUGGAGGCAAAAUAGAUGAAAUCGCAGCUUCAGAAGAGGAAGAAGAUUAAUACUAGGAUUAAUUAUCUACUAGUAAUAGAAUAGCUCAAGAUCAGGUAAUUGAUGACGAUGAAUAGGUGAUAUUGACUAGUUUCAGAGGCUAUGAAAAGAAAUCUAUUGGUAAAGGCAUUAACAAUAAUAAUAUGAGUGAUAAUGCAUAUUAAGAUGAUAGCGGAAAGCAUAGUCAUUAGAUUGAAGACUUUGAUAGUUAUAAUGGUUUAGAGGAGUCUCCAAGAUAGAAUACUAAAUAUAUGAAAUCUUGA